CCUUCAACUUAGUUUUUCAGAAGCCACCUGGAACCACUCACCCUCAUUUAGCUCUCCAGUAAGUGUUGAGAUGCAUCAUUUUACUUGCAAUAUAGUUUAGUUUUGUUAAACUGCAACAAAUGUCAUAUCAUGUUUUUUUAAUUGCGGCCUCAAUCAAGUACCAUGGUACGACUAUACUCUAUAAAAGGACUUUACUCAACGGAAGAAGAAUAUUUCAUGACGAAGGUUGAUUCACCAAGCCAGUGAUAACACCAUCUUUUGGAAGUAUCAUAACAUUCAACUUUGAUUGUUUUAGAUUCAACUCUGAUUGUCUUCGAUCUGAGAAAGGAAGAUGUCAACUCUCACUAAUAAGUUGAUGGACAUGGUCGUUGACCAAGUGGACGACAUAUCACCAACCAAAGUGACCAUCGUUGGUGUUGGUCAAGUGGGCAUGGCUUGUGCAUACAGUAUAAUGACACAGAAUAUAGCUAGUGAGAUAGCGCUUGUUGAUGUGAUUGCUGAUAAGUUAAAAGGUGAAGUAUAUGACAUGCAGCACGGUCUAGCGUUCGUCAAGGGAUGCUGUGUAAAAGGAGAUACAGAUUACAAAGUAACGGCUGGAUCAAGACUAUGCAUCAUUACUGCUGGAGCUAGGCAGAGAGAUGGUGAAAGCAGACUUAAUCUUGUUCAAAGAAAUGUAAAAAUAUUUGAAGGUAUUGUUCCGAAUCUUGUUCGCUACAGUCCAAACACAGUUCUUCUAGUAGUCACGAAUCCUGUUGAUAUUCUUACACACGUUGCAUGGAAACUGAGUGGUUUGCCUGCUAAUAGGGUCAUAGGUUCUGGGACAAACCUCGACACGGCUCGCUUCCGUUUCCUCCUUGGAGAAAAAUUGGGUAUUGCGCCCUCUAGUGUUCAUGGGUAUAUCAUCGGAGAGCACGGUGAUUCUAGUGUUGCUGUCUGGUCAGCUACCACAGUAGCUGGAGUAAGUCUUCAGAACCUACACCCUGAGAUAGGAACUGCUAAAGAUCCUGAGAAUGUGAACCAAGUUCAUCAAGAGGUGAUAGAUAGUGCAUAUAAGAUCAUCAAACUCAAAGGCUAUACUUCAUGGGCUAUUGGAUUGAGCUGUGCCACAUUAGCUUCUGCUGUGUUAAGGAAUCAGAAAGGAGCCUACCCUGUUUCUACUGUUGCCAAAGGAUACCAUGGUAUUGAACAUCCAGUAUUCCUAAGUCUCCCAUGUAUUCUUGGUCAAGAUGGAAUCUCUCAUGUUAUAAAGCAGACAUUGAAUACCAAAGAACAGGCUCAGCUUCAAUCCAGUGCUAAUACCUUGUGGGACAUCGCCAAAUCGUUGGAGCUACGAGAGCCAUCGAAGUAAGGGGCCUAUAGCUUCUUUAUGAAACAAGGUCAAUAUUAAUAAUUCAGAAAACACAAACCCCUAACGUAGCUUUCUAAGUCAAAGAGCUAACAUAACUAAAGCAAAAUAACACCACUGUCCUUGCUUUCCUUAUAACAUGCUACUACUUUAUAGAAAAUGCAAAUCAAGUUUUUUGCGGCAUUUUUAAUCGUUAUCAGGCCAAGUUUAAUGAGAAAGUCAUUUUUUGUCAUCAAUGUCAUCAAUGUCCGCUUAUUAAGUAGAUAUCACUUACAUGUCACUUUAGUUAGGUUUUGUUGGUCGUAUUUAUAAUCUUUUCUGUUGCUUCUUUUUACAAACUAUUGUGUCUGUUAAUAGGGUUUGUGCAGCACAGAGAAGAAAUUGGUGUGCUAUUUAAGAUAUUUCUGGUGUGAUUUUAGUUUUGUGAUAAAUAAUUUGUCUUUGAUACUGAGGCACCUAACCAAAAAUCAGAGUCGUUUCAUUCCCAUGUAAAUCUAGCAUGCAUUCUAUAAUCCUCAUAUUUUAGCAUUGACCAUACAUUCUGCACGAAAAUCCAACCUUUCUUUUGAAUUUCUUGCCUCCAGUCUUUGGAAUUAACCCCCUCUUAACCUCUCCAAAAAAAAACCUUUUCAAAAACUUAAAGUGAUUGGUUAACAUUGGUUUGACUUUAAAAAAAUCUGAGCUAGAAGG